AAAUAUCUCUGCAGUUCGAAAAUGAGGAGUGGAACUUGAUGUUUUCAUCUUUUUGCAGGUAUGCUUAUAUCGAUUUUGCAGACAGUAAUGGGUUCAAUCAAGCACUGGGACUUGACGGAUCCAAAGUCGGAGGUUGCCCGAUAACUGUGGAGGAGAGUAGGCUAAGAGGCGAUAGUCAAGGAUCUGGGCGUGGUGGAGGCCGUGGCUUUGAUGGUGGUAGGAGUGGAGAGAGAGGAGGUAGGUUUGGCGGCAGAGAUCGUGGCCGUGGUGGGAGGUUUGGUGGCAGAGAUGGUGGAAGAUUCGGCGGUGGCCGUGGUGGCAGAGGCCGUGGACCUAGCAGACCAAGCAUGGCCACUGCUGGCACAGGGAAGAAGACGACCUUUGGUGAUGAUUAGAGCUAAAAAGUUUCAUUA